CUACCAAUCAUUCCACUCUCCUCAACUCUUUUACUGCAUUAGGACCGUCUGCUCUCUGGCACGUUUUCUGGAGCGAAAACGGCUUGGGACAGAGAGACUCCCUUUGCCAGGGACCCAAGUCCCCGAGAGCGCGGCAUUUGUGUCUGAGCGCAGCCCGGCUGCGUCCCCAGUGGUAUCCCCUGCCGCGCCCGCCUCUUCCGCCGCUCUUGCGCGCGCGCACGGCCGGCCACGGCGCGUCGGGGUUGGCUGCUGCCGCGACAGCUGCGGCGGCGACCUCGACAGCGGUAGUGUCUUCUACUCCGCUUUUUUAGUUUUCUCCGCCCCCUCCCGUCGGACGCUGUUGUGUGGUUGCCUUAAAAAAAAAACGCAACUUUAUUGUUCCUCAGCCCCACCUCCCGGCUCGUCGGGCGUCCUCAGGAUGCACUGAGGCGGAGGGGAGGGGAGGCGGCGGAGGGUCGAGGUCGCGGUCCCUCUCCUCCGAGCGUCCGGCCGGAGGGGAGGGAGUCACGAUGUCUGGUAGCCGCCAGGCCGGGUCGGGCUCCGCUGGGACUAGCCCCGGCUCCUCGGCGGCCUCCUCGGUGACUUCCGCCUCCUCGUCUUUAUCCUCUUCCCCGUCGCCGCCUUCCGUGGCGGCUUCGGCGGCAGCGCUGGUGUCCGGCGGGGCGGCCCAGCCCGCCGGCUCAGGCGGCCUCGGGGGCCCAGUGCGGCCUGUGUUGGUGGCGCCCGCCGUGUCGGGCAGCGGCGGCGGGGCGGUGUCCACGGGCCUGUCCCGGCACAGCUGCGUGGCCAGGCCCAGCGCCGGCGUAGGAGGCAGCAGCUCCAGCCUAGGCAGCGGCAGCAGGAAGCGACCUCUUCUCGCCCCUCUCUGCAACGGGCUCAUCAACUCCUACGAGGACAAAAGCAACGACUUCGUAUGCCCCAUCUGCUUUGAUAUGAUUGAAGAAGCAUACAUGACAAAAUGUGGCCACAGCUUUUGCUACAAGUGUAUUCAUCAGAGUUUGGAGGACAAUAAUAGAUGUCCCAAGUGUAACUAUGUUGUGGACAAUAUUGAUCAUCUGUAUCCUAAUUUCUUGGUGAAUGAACUCAUUCUUAAACAAAAGCAAAGAUUUGAGGAAAAGAGGUUCAAAUUGGACCACUCAGUGAGUAGCACCAAUGGCCACAGGUGGCAGAUAUUUCAAGAUUUGUUGGGAACUGACCAAGAUAACCUUGAUUUGGCCAAUGUCAAUCUUAUGUUGGAGUUACUAGUGCAGAAGAAGAAACAACUGGAAGCAGAAUCGCAUGCAGCCCAGCUACAGAUUCUUAUGGAAUUCCUCAAGGUUGCAAGAAGAAAUAAGAGAGAGCAACUGGAACAGAUCCAGAAGGAGCUAAGUGUUUUGGAAGAGGAUAUUAAGAGAGUGGAAGAAAUGAGUGGCUUAUACUCUCCUGUCAGUGAGGAUAGCACAGUGCCUCAAUUUGAAGCUCCUUCUCCAUCACACAGUAGUAUUAUUGAUUCCACAGAAUACAGCCAACCUCCAGGUUUCAGUGCCAGUUCUCAGACAAAGAAACAGCCUUGGUAUAACAGCACAUUAGCAUCAAGGCGAAAACGACUUACUGCUCAUUUUGAAGACUUGGAGCAGUGUUACUUUUCUACAAGGAUGUCUCGUAUCUCAGAUGACAGUCGAACUGCAAGCCAGUUGGAUGAAUUUCAGGAAUGCUUGUCCAAGUUUACUCGAUAUAAUUCAGUACGACCUUUAGCCACAUUGUCAUAUGCUAGUGAUCUCUAUAAUGGUUCCAGUAUAGUCUCUAGUAUUGAAUUUGACCGGGAUUGUGACUAUUUUGCGAUUGCUGGGGUUACAAAGAAGAUUAAAGUCUAUGAAUAUGGCACUGUCAUCCAGGAUGCAGUGGAUAUUCAUUAUCCUGAGAAUGAAAUGACCUGCAAUUCGAAAAUCAGCUGUAUCAGUUGGAGUAGUUACCAUAAGAACCUGUUAGCUAGCAGUGAUUAUGAAGGCACUGUUAUUUUAUGGGAUGGAUUCACGGGACAGAGGUCAAAGGUCUAUCAGGAGCAUGAGAAGAGGUGUUGGAGUGUUGACUUUAAUUUGAUGGAUCCUAAACUCUUGGCUUCAGGUUCUGAUGAUGCAAAAGUGAAGCUGUGGUCUACCAAUCUAGACAACUCAGUGGCAAGCAUUGAGGCAAAGGCUAACGUGUGCUGUGUUAAGUUCAGCCCCUCUUCCAGAUACCAUUUGGCUUUUGGCUGUGCAGAUCACUGUGUCCACUACUAUGAUCUUCGUAACACUAAACAGCCAAUCAUGGUAUUCAAAGGACACCGUAAAGCAGUCUCUUACGCAAAGUUUGUGAGUGGUGAGGAAAUUGUCUCUGCCUCUACAGACAGUCAGCUAAAACUGUGGAAUGUAGGGAAACCGUACUGCCUACGUUCCUUCAAGGGUCAUAUCAAUGAAAAAAACUUUGUAGGCCUGGCUUCCAAUGGAGAUUAUAUAGCUUGUGGAAGUGAGAAUAACUCUCUCUACCUGUACUAUAAAGGACUUUCUAAGACUUUGUUAACUUUUAAGUUUGAUACAGUCAAAAGUGUUCUGGACAAAGACCGAAAAGAAGAUGAUACAAAUGAAUUUGUUAGUGCUGUGUGCUGGAGGGCACUACCAGAUGGGGAGUCCAAUGUGCUGAUUGCUGCUAACAGUCAGGGUACAAUUAAGGUGCUAGAAUUGGUAUGAAGGGUUAACUCAAGUCAAAUUGUACUUGAUCCUGCUGAAAUACAUCUGCAGCUGACAAUGAGAGAAGAAACAGAAAAUGUCAUGUGAUGUCUCUCCCCUAAGUCAUCAUGGGUUUUGGAUUUGUUUUGAAUAUUUUUUUCUUUUUUUCUUUUCCCUCCUUUGUGACCUUUGGGACAUUGGGAAUACCCAGCCAACUCUCCACCAUCAGUGUAACUCCGUGGACAUUGCUGCUCUUGGUGGUGUAGUUAUCUAAUUUUUGUGAUAGGGAAACAAAUUCUUUUGAAUAAAAAUAAAUAACAAAAAAAUAAUAAAAGUUUAUUGAGCCAC